GUCGUGUGUGUGUGUAUGUGUCUGGGGGAAGUGGGAGGUACGAUGUCUGAAAGAAAGCGAUCACAAGUGCUGAGUGGUGCAUCAGUGGAGGAUGGAGUUUCCACUGAGGACUAUGUUGCUUCUCUCUCUGGGGCCGCUGCUGGCUCGGGAAAUUGUUCAAGGGAAGGAUAUAAAGAUGUAUCAGACGGCAGAUUUGGAGGUCGUCGAGGGAGACAGCGUCACACUCCAUUGUUGCUGGACAGCCGUCAACCACACACACUAUAGAGCGGGCUGGAGUAAAAAUGAGGUUACAAUUCUUCACCAACUGACAGCCCUAACAAACGACGGAGAGGGCUGUGGUUUGGCCCUGUCACCUGUGAACAACGGUACCUGUGGCUGUGCCACUCUGACCCUUCCCAACGUCAACCACAACCACACUGGAUGCUACAUCUGCAAGGCGUCCAUUGAUAAGCCCAUGCUUAUUCAGUUUAGGGGAAACGGCACGAUGAUCACUGUCAGAGAACGACGGAGCCCCACCAACGGCACUACGCAAGAAAACUCGACUACAGACACGCCACUGCGGCACCUGGUCACCGUCGUUGUUUCGCUGGCAAUAGCAAUGGCCGCCGUGUUCCUCGUCACUCUGAUAUAUCUAUGGAAGCUGCAGAGGAGACGAGGGUUGGACCGAGCAGCAAGGGUGAUCUAUGAGGUUCCCCACAGAGACUCUGAGGUGGACGGAACCAGCACCAGCUCGUCCAAAGGGUCCUCCCAGUGGUGUCAGGUACCAGUGUAUGAGUCCUUCGACUACUUUGAGCAUGGGAUGGAAAGCAAGGGCAGUGGAUGAAGGAGUCUCAAUCGGUUCCGUUUCCCUUGUUGGUUUUGUAAAUAUCUCAGAUAUGUUCUGUCAUCCUCUGCCUCCAUACAUGUUGCUUUAAAAUAAGCGAAUUGAAAGCCAUACAUUAACUGCGAACAAGCAAUUAAGCCUUGUUAGAUGAAAUUGAAAAUGAUUGUAUGUAAUAGCGAAUAAAGUUUCUUAAUAUAG